AUGUGGACACUAAGUGGUAACCAAGGAAACAGCUGGAAUGGUGCCCAGUUCCCUGUCACUACAUCACAAGGCUUCAGAAUCCUGAUUGAAGCCGUUGUCAAGGGAACUGUGACAGGAGAUGCUGCCCUGGAUGACCUUUCCUUUACCAAUGGUGUUUGUGGCUGGGCCCCAACUAAAGCAUCCCCUCCUAAUCUGACAACACCUCCUACAACACCAGCUACCACUCCAGCAACUACUCUUAAUCCACCUAUCACCAGCUGUAACUUUGAAUCGGGGAUUUGUGGAUGGACUCAAUCUCAUAAUGACCAGUUUGACUGGACCAGACAGAAAGGUCGUACAGCAACUUCCAACACUGGGCCAGUCAGUGACCACACAACUGGACAUGGCUAUUACAUGUUCAUCGAGGCUAGUUCACCUCGCCGGAAUGGGGAUAAGGCACGACUUGUGAGCCCCCCCAUCACAGGACAUGGACAAAUGUGUCUCAACUUCUGGUACCACAUGUUUGGUGCCAAUAUCAAUAGUCUCAGUGUGUACCUCCUUCGUAGUGCCUCCCUCGGAACAGCGGUCUGGACCAAACAAGGCACACAGGGCAAUGCCUGGAAACAAGCGCAGGUCCCUGUUACUGUCCAGGGCCAAUUUUCAGUUGUCAUGGAAGCCAGUAGAGGAGUGUCCUACCUCGGUGAUAUUGCCAUUGAUGAUGUUUCCCUGACUACAGGAAGUUGUUCUGGCUCCACCAAUGCAAACUCCUGUAACUUUGAGGAUCCAAAUUUGUGUGGCUAUACCCAAGACACCACUGACGACUUUGACUGGACAAGACAGAGUGGACAAACAGCUUCUGCAAACACUGGACCCUCUGCAGACCACACCUUUGGAACACCUUACGGUCAUUACAUCUUCAUAGAAUCUUCCAACCCCCGUCGACCCAAUAACAAAGCAAGAAUCAUCUCCCCAAUGUACAGCGCAACCAGCACUGCCCAGUGUGUCCAGUUCUACUACCAUAUGUAUGGCAGUCAGAUAGGGAGUCUGAACCUCAAGCUGAAGGUACAAAAUGCUAUUGGUAAUGCUUUUUGGACAAAGAGUGGUAACCAAGGAAACAAGUGGAAUGUGGCCCAGGUGACAUUAGAUGCCAGUCGCCUAUCUCUCCCUUACCAGCUGGUGUUUGAGGGUGUGCGAGGGAGUGGAUACCUAAGUGAUAUUGCCUUGGAUGAUAUUCAAAUCAGAAGUGGUCCAUGUGUUUCGCAAGGUGCCUGUAACUUCGAGAAAGGCUUGUGUACGUGGACUAAUGCCCACACUGGGGAUAACUUUGACUGGAGACGGAGUUCUGGUUCCACAACCUCCGGUGGCACUGGACCCUCUACAGACCAUACCCUCGGGACGUCUAUAGGUCAGUUUGGGUCAUGA